AGUCUUCGGCUCUGCGUUCAGCUGAACAUCAGACAAACCAGCAGACGAGCGUUCUGACUGACGGUUGAAGAUGAGGUCCCACUUGGUUUUCCACGUCGCCUGUACGACUCUGCUCUGGCUCUGCUGCAGUUUGUCUCAUUCCACUCCUUUGUUUUACAACAUCUCCAUGGACGGCAGUGGCGAUGAGGCCGAGCAGGAGCUCAUCUUUCCCACGUCCUUCUCCACCCGAGCGCCUGUUCAUCUCACUGUGGUCACUGAGCCUCCUAGCCUCACCACCACCAUCACCAACACCAUCACCACCACCAUGAUCCGCCUGAGAGACUUCAUCCUGACCCGAGUGGUGGACUUCCUGCAGGAGAACCUGCUCAUCAUCAUUGUUGUUACCUCUCUCCUCAUUGUCAUGGUCUUCAUCAUCUGCUGUGCCGCAGCCAUGAGUCAUAAGAGCAAGCUGGAGGCUUACAAGCCUCUUCCUAACCCCCCCAGGAAGUUCACAGCCCAAAAGACUGGAGGGAGCAAGACUUCCAGUGAGCUCCAGGAAAAGCCAUAUGCAGUGGACCACGUCAAGAGGGUCCAGACUCUGAGCUCGGCUUCUCCCAAACACCUGCGCGCUCCCUCCAAGGCUCUGGUGGGAGAAAGGGGGAGAGAUGUGAGGUCGUCGCCUCACCAGGAGGUCAGAAAAGUCAAAGAGGUAGAGGAAGUGGAAAAAAGGAGAGUGGAAUCAAAACCCAAGGAGGAGGUGAAGAUCCAGCAGAGCUUCAGUCCCAGCACCGGCCCCAGCCAGCCAGUCUGCACCUGCCAUCUGAAAAAAUCCAUCCACUAGGGUCUUAUCGAGGAGUUUACUCCACAUAAAGAUGGGCAAAUCAGGUCAAAAUGUCACGCAAAGAGAAAUCCUCAUAAAACGUUCAUUUAUUGUGAAAAGGUUCAAAUUAACCAACACAAAAACAAACAAACAAACAAACAAACAACUGAAGGCAAAAACGACACAGACAUUACUGAGCGAGUCUUUCAGAAUAAGAGAUAUUUGUCUCAUCUUUCUGUAGAAAUGGCUGAAACAGAUAAGAAGUCUGAAUAAACGAAAGUAAAGAACUGAGAAGAGAAAAUGUGACACUUAAUUUCCCAACAAUGGAAAUGUAGCACAAAUGGAAGUGACCAGAUAUAUUCCUGGAGGGGAGGAUUAUGUAGAGCAGGGGUCU